AACAACAACAACAACAACAACAAGCAGCUGAACAGUUGUCUCAGCAACAACAACAGCAACAACAGCAGCAGCAACAGCAACAACAACAGCAACAGGGUCUUCCUAUCCAAGCUACCACCGCUCCUUCCCCUUCUGCUUCUUUAUAUGUCGGUGAACUUGAUCCCUCUGUAACUGAAGCAAUGCUUUUUGAAAUGUUCAAUAUGAUUGGUCCUGUUGCUAGUAUCCGUGUUUGUAGAGAUGCUGUGACCAGAAGAAGUUUAGGAUAUGCCUAUGUUAAUUUCCAUAACCUUGUCGAUGCUGAAAGAGCCUUGGAGUCUUUAAACUACAGUUUAAUCAAAGGUCGUGCCUGUCGUAUCAUGUGGUCCCAACGUGAUCCUGCCUUACGUAAGACGGGCAACGGGAACAUCUUUAUCAAGAACUUGGAUCCAACCAUUGACAAUAAGGCACUCCAUGAUACAUUUUCCGCUUUUGGUAAUAUUUUAUCUUGUAAAAUCGCUCAAGAUGAAGAAGGUAAAUCAAAGGGGUAUGGCUUUGUUCAUUAUGAAACUGAAGAAGCUGCUGAUAACGCCAUCAAGCAUGUUAAUGGUAUGCUCUUGAACGACAGAAAAGUUUACGUCGGACAUCACAUUCCCCGCAAGGAACGCCAGAGUAAGAUUGAAGAGAUUCGCUCUCACUUUACCAAUGUCUAUGUCAAGAAUUUAGCCGACAAUGUCACGGAUGAAGAAUUGAGUGAAAUGUUUGGCAAGUUUGGUCCUAUUACUUCUGCUGUCAUUACACGCGACAACGAUGGCAAGUCACGUGGUUUUGGUUUUGUCAAUUUUGAAGAUCAUGACGAUGCUUACCAUGCUGUUGAAGCUCUUAAUGAAACCGAGCAUCAUGGACAACAGUUGUAUGUCUCUCGUGCACAAAAGAAGAACGAACGUGAAGAAGAGUUGCGCCAUCAAUACGAGCAAGCCAAGCUUGAAAAAUUGAGUAAGUAUCAAGGUGUGAAUUUGUAUGUGAAGAAUUUGGAUGAUGACGUCGACGAUGAUCGUAUUCGACAAGAGUUCUCUGUGUAUGGUGUGAUUACUUCUGCCAAGAUCAUGCGUGAUGAAAAGACGGGUGCGAGUCGUGGGUUUGGGUUUGUUUGCUUUUCCUCCCCUGAAGAAGCAACGCGUGCUGUGACUGAGAUGAAUGGUCGUAUGUUGGGUUCCAAGCCUAUUUACGUUGCUCUUGCUCAACGUAAAGAAGUACGUCGUUCUCAACUCGAGAUUCAAAUGGCUCAGCGUAACCAGAUGCGUGUCAUGGGUAUGGGUGGUGUGGGUGCUCAACCUGGUUAUAUGCCUGGUGCUCCCAUGUUUUAUGCUCCUCCUGGAGGUUUCAUGCCUCAACAAGGUCAACGUCCUGUUUUCCCUCAAGGUAAUAUGAUGCCUCGUCCUCGUUGGGCUCAACAACAACAGCAGCAACAACAGCAACAACAACAACAACCUGGUUAUCCUCCUCAACCUAUGCCUCAAGGUUAUCCUCCUAUGCAAAGACCUCCUCGUGGUCCUCGUCCUCCUCGUGGUGGAGCCAGUGCAAGAGGUGGUCAUCGUCGACCUGGAGAGAUGCAUCAACAAGAAGGUGGAGAAUCCGGUAAUGAAUUAGACGGUGAACCCAAACCUUUGACAGCCAGUGCACUUGCUUCUGCUGCUCCUGAAGUUCAAAAGCAGAUGUUGGGUGAAAGAUUGUAUCCUUUAAUCAAUGCUCAAGAACCUGAGUAUGCUGGUAAAAUCACCGGUAUGCUUUUAGAAAUGGAUAAUACCGAACUCUUGCAUCUUGUAGAAGAUAAAGAGUCUUUACAUAGUAAGGUUCAAGAAGCUAUGGAAGUCCUC